GGGGCCCUAAUGGAGACAGCAACGUUGCAGUACAGUCCCAUGGAGCACCAAACAGAAGCACUGAAGUUGCUACAGAAUGUGCGCCCUCACCAAACAGCGAUCAGUAGGCCCAGUAAACUUGGACUAGAAAAACAAGUGACAACCAUCCACGACUCGUCAGCAGCGGCCCGCACAAUAGCAGAAAAGGCGCGUGAAAGUGUCAUCCACGACUCGUCAGCAGCGGCCCGCACAAUAGCAGAAAAGGCGCGUGAAAGUGUCAUUACGCAGCUAAUCGAUAUUCUAACCCAAAUACUCACAGUCGAGGAAGAAAUCAGUCAUAGUUUGUUUCAGGAUCUGAGGACAUUUCUGCACCCUAAAGAAAGCAUAGAGCUGAGGAACAUCUGUGUGCGCAUGGCAAUGAGGGACUCUGACUGUCAGAAGGACCGGGACCUUAGAGAUCUGCAGGACUGUUUAAAAGCCAUGGUGGACCGUCUGGUGUCUUCUCUCAUCAACGUGAACCAUCCCGUGGCCGUUCAGACAUCACGCACGCUUGAAGAGAUAUAUCUGAGCUUCCCUGAAAUCUGAAUAGCUAAUAUCUCACUUUACCUAAUCUCAGGGUUGAUAGCCUAUUGUUUACUUAAAUGUACUUUUUAAAUAAUUUAUUUUAUUUCAAAUUAUUGGAGGUGCAACUAUGUAGGCCUCCUUUGUAAAAAGGAAUGUCCGAAAAAAUGAUACUGGGGCAAAAAUGAGUGUUAUGCAAAGUGUUUUAUACAAAUCCUCCUUAAAGGCCUGAAGUUUCUGUCAGUUUGAAACACCUACCAGUAAUUCCAGUUCCCAACAGUUGUGUACUGUAUGUAGCUCCCUUCAGUAACCUGGAGCACAACCAUUCCUUGAUUUUAACUGGCGGCUUUAUUCUGUAGUUUUAGUCAGAAUUAUCACCU